AUGAAGCAGGGCAAAAACGCUGCGCCCCGGGCCUCCGCCCGGAAUUACCACAGCGGCCCCGAGUCCGAGGCCGAGGCGGCGGACAUUCGCUGCGCCGCCAUCGACGAACGGCGUGCGGUGCUGACCGCGCCGUCGCGAAGUGUCGACGCGCAGAAGCCAGAGCCAUCCGUAGAGAGGCUCGGCGCGCUCGACCUCCGCCGCGUCCUCCAGCCUGCGUCCGCGACGACGACGACGCCGCCGGGCCUACGCCGGCCGCCGCUCGCCGCGCAGGGCUCGAGCUCCAAGCUUCCCAAGGGGAGGAAGGCGAGGAGCGGGGACGUCAAGGUGCAGCUCGGCUCGCUGACGCCGGCGCGGCCGCCGUGGCUGGGGGUGGACUUCGAGUCAGAGUACGAAGAGCGGCGCAAGUUCGACUUCAAGAACUCGGACAUCGAGGAGUCCGACUUUCGCGGCUCGGAGGACAUCGAGGACGGGGAGGCGAGGGCGCCGCCCGGCCUCGCGGCUCGCUCGGCGAUGCACCGCGCCUCCCUCUUUUGGAACACCUACCUCUCCAACCUCGCACACCAGUACCUCGCCACGUUCCCGGGCGGCGGAGGAGGCGCCGUCGCGCGCCGCUCGGCCGCAUUCGCCGACGAGAUCUUGCACCUCGCGAACAACGUUGGGCUGCAGGAGGAGGUCGAGGCGCGGGCAGGGCUUGCGGGCUUGAGCGCGGCAGGAGCAGCCGGCGGCGGCAGCACAGGGAAGGAGGAGUCGGGCGAAUCUGACAGCCCUAUACGCAACGUCGGGGUUGAGAUGACCCACUGA